AUGUUUGAACCGGGUAUUAGCAAUAGUGAUAUAUUGUUUAAGAAAUCACUCCGAUCAGGAAACAAGUCAGCUAAGCUUGCAAAGAAGAAUUCUCAAUAUCAAUAUCAUGAUGGCGAUAUCAUCACAAGAUAAUUAUCUUAAAUUGUAUUCGAUAUGCAAAAUAAAAAUGAUUCUUUUGAUCUUGCUAUUCAACUACUAACCGAUGACUCAAGCAUACUAAAAUAACAUUUAUCAUUCUAAGUUUUCAUACCUGAAGUUAAAACACAAAUAGGAGAAAAACUUUUAAAAGACAAUAAUCUAUGGAUAAUAAUUUUAGUUGUGUUUCAUUCUUUAUGCAAAGAGAAAUCUAAAUACACAGAAUUUAUAUAAAGAAACAUACUAAAUAUUAUGUAAAAAAUUUAUUAAGAUGAGUAAUUGUUGAAAUAGAUUCAAUCUUAGGCACAUUAGAUAAUUUAAAAAACAGAAGUUGGAUAACAAUAAAUUGUAAAUUAAUCUGCAUCUAAAUAUUCCAAACGAUAACUCAGAGUUUAGUUUCAAGAAGAUAAAGAAAACUAAGUAAGUAGUAGUAAUCAAAAAAAAUUCUAAAUUUUGAACUAAUUUGAAUCUACAAAUGAUUAAGAAAACACAAUGUCUAAUGAAAAAUUGAAAAAGAAAAUUGAUGAGUUGACGAAAUAAUUUCAAGAGAUGAAUAAUUCUUCUGACAAUUAGGAUCUCGUGGUUCCAUAGGUUGAAGAAAUAAUUAAUGAGCAAGUCAAAGAAUUGGAAGAAGAACUAAAUAAUUAACAUGAUUUAUCAAAUAAAAAACAAAGGGUCUCAUUAACUGAAAAAAUUUUUUCUCGUUUAGGUUUCAAACCCUGGAGAAGCGAGUAAAAAUUAAUAAAACCAAACCCCAUAUAAACAAAAAUGAGAGGAAUCAGAUUAUUAGAUGGAUUAGAUUCAAGAGAGCUUCAAUCUAAUUACGUGGCAAAGGUAGAGAAAGUUAUAGUCUCAAAUCUAAACGAUAAUCAGCUACAUUCAAUUGUCUAAUUAUCUGCAAAUAAUUCAUCAGAAAUAUUAGAAUGGGGAUUCUAUGCUAUCAUUUAAUUAAGCGAUUAGGAUUGCACCAGCAAAUAAUAUUUUGAGGACAUGCAAUAUUAUAAAUAAUUAAUUGCAUUUAAGUUUAGAUAAGAGAGAUAGAUAUAUGUUCCUUUUGGUAAAUAUGAGUUAUUGUGA